CAACAUCCUUAUGGUCUACGUUUUCCCUCUGUUUGCCUGAUAUGAAGCGUCCCCUGGACGACGAUGCCUCUUGCACCCUGGAUGUCCGAGGGGCGGUGGCCGUAACGUUCAAGCCCGAUCAGAAGAGGAGAGCAGGAGACGUGUGCAAGAAACCCAGCGACUGCACGGGAUAUAUCGAAGGGAAGGUCUAUGACAGAGGAACUGUCUCUGAUGAUAGCUGGGAGCUCGUGCUUACGGUCGAACUCGGAUCUCGUGCACACGUCUUGCUUUCAGGGAGUAUCUCAAGGUGGUUCCGUAGCCUCCCCGUGGCCGUUGGAGCUCAGGUCCGUUUGACCUUGAAGGGCGUUGUCUUGGAGGAUUUGCCUUUGGAAAAGAUUAGGCCGCUUGUCUUGCGCAAGCGGUUUGCUUGGCGAGAAGGUGUCGCGGUAUACGUGCACAACCCGAAGACAGGGGAGGAGGCAUUCUUCGAUACCUGGAGUACAGUCGUUGAUACUCGCCCCGGCACCUCGUUCCCUACAACCCUUGGUACUAGUGCCAAUCCUCAGGACGCUGCCACCCCGGCUGCCCCAAAGAAGAGGAGAAGGACCCCUCCACCCACUCCUUCUACAACUCAUGAGGGUGUACCUAGCUCACCUCAUACGCGUUAUGAAAGCCCAGUCAAUGAGUGCAUCAAUGCCGUUGAGCCUCCCUAUGGAGAGCCCGUGGGUGGUCCUAGUGUGGUCAUAGGCGCCACACCACAUAGCUCGAACCCGAAUGACGACUCGCAGAACCCACAGAGUCUUCCUUCACCUCCGCCAGAACUCGGCACCGACGUUGAUCCCAAGGUCGAUCGCACACGAGCCGGCGAGGAAACUCCGGUUACAAGUCUAUCACAAGCGCAGCACGGUGCAUCCACGAUGCCAUCCAUCGAGGGAGCCAAAAGUCUGUCUCGGCCUCAGGUCGUGGCGCACCAACCCUCUAAGUCCCCUGUGUCCGGUGUUGAGAUGGGAACGAAGCAACACCCCAACGAAGGUUCAGGUCCGUCGCGCCCCAAAGACCGCCGACAGUCUCCUCUGCCAGGCAAAGCAAGUAAGAAGCGGUGGAACUCUGUCAGAGAGGCACGGCGAAGAGAAAAGCAACUGCGGAAGAAAUUUGGGUCAGUUGCUGGUGUCCAGGAGGAUAACGGGCAGCUGCGAGCGGGAAGCAUUGGUCACGGCGAUGGCGAGAUGGACUGCGAGGAGGACUACUGGGGUGCGGUCGAAAAUGACAUUCCAGAGGAGCUACUUCGCCGAUUCGAUGCGGCAGAGCUUGGUACGGGUCCCAAGGAUGCUGUUCGAAAUCUGGAUGACGACCCGCCUGGCCAGUCGAGAGAACCACAGCAUGAAGAGAAUCCGUCGCCCGAAGCUGAAUCCGUACCAAAAGCCGAACCUGUGCCCAAACCCGAGCCCGCGUCUCAAUUUGCACCUGCGCGCGAACCUUCACCACCACCACCAAGCCAGCGUCAUGAUAACGCUGAUCCCACUGAAGCUCUGCGCAUUGGCUGCCACACUUCGUUUGGCGCAUACAUCCCGCUUCUCGAAUUUACCGGGUCAGGCAUGCGGAACAUCAUGGGAGUGAUUGCUGCUGCUCCUAUCACUACACAAACCAAGACGGGCGAGUUCAUGAUGAGGUUGAACUUGUUUGACCCGUCCAAUUUCGCGACUAGCGGCUUGAACGUCACGUUGUUUGACAAGGCUGUACUUGGCUUGCCCAAAACGGAGGCGGGCGACGUCCUAAUUCUGCGAUCGAUCAUGGUCGAUCAAUUCAACGGGUAUUGUGCCAUCGGAGCGUCAUACAAGGGCUGGCAGUGGGCGGUCUUCCAUGUCAAGACGGGAAGGCUGUCAAGUGCGCCUGAAGACUCGUGUGCUUUGCGUCACUUUCAGCCUGAAAGGAGCGAAGUCCAUCACAGUCUUAGGCUUGGGGACUGGUGGCGCGAUGCUUCUGCGAAUCAAGUUGCGUUUGGUGCCGAGAAUCCUACGUCGGCCUCGCGUGGUCGUCCGCACAAGUUGUUCUCAGAUGCUGACUGCAACGGUUACUUUGACUGCACGGUUGAGGUUCUUCACGGCUAUCAGAAUGGGGACCACCCCUACACUCUCUUCGUCACGGACUACACGCGCAACGCCUCUGUGGCCCCGAUACAAGCUGCGUGGUGCCCGCCCAAGCUUGCCCCAGUCGUUAUGCAGGUCGAGAUGUGGGAUUCUUCCGCCCAAGUGGCAGUCACUAUGCGACCCGGCGAAUACUAUUCGAUGCGCAACAUGCGGCUUCGCGUCAGUGGGGGUGGGUAUCUGGAAGGCAAGAUGCAGGAGGGUGACAAAAUCAAGAAGCUUGAUGAAGACGUCCUGGAGAACCAGCCGCACCUAAUCGAGCUUUUGAAACGAAAACAAGAAUGGGAGGCUCGAGCGGGCACUGUUGAUGGUAUUCCUGAGUUCCCUCAUCAGCUCAUACAGGAGGUCGAGGUAGACCAUCACUUCAAUUGCACGGUGGAGGUCAUAUGUAUCUCGGCGAAGGAUGACUUCUCAUACCUGUAUGUUACCGACUACACCGCUCGUCCGGACCUCGUGCCUGUUGCGGCUACGAUUGCCUCUGGGGCACUCGCAGAACGCGUUGUCCGCAUCUCCCUGAACGAUGCUCAGAUCGAGGUUGGCAAGAGCCUUGAGACUGGCGACUUUGUUGCGAUUCGUAAUCUGAGGCUACGUCCAUCGAACGGCGGCACCCUGCUCUCCGGUCGGUUAGGUGGGCAGCACCGGCUUAUCACCAAGCUCAACCCCAAGUCGACCUCAAACAUAGAACUGAGGGCGCUACUGAGACGUAAGAAAGAUUAUGAGGCUUCUCAGGAGAAGCCCAAGGACAACAAGAAGAACAGACGCGCUAGCCGUCGAGCCGCAAACCCUCCGGCGGACGAAGGGAAGUCCAGGUCUCCCUCAAGAACGAAGGGCAAAGGCAAAGCGGACGACAAGUACGUCGCCUUGAGUGAUGUCAAGGCGAGUGACGCUUGUCCGUCUGUCUUCCGCGUACGCGCAAAGGUUGUCGACUUCUUCCCGGACAAUUUGCGUGACUGCACAAUUAUGCGAUGCACGAACUGCGACCGAAGCAUUCCCAAGACGCGACAGAGGUGCACCGAAUGCGAUGAUGUCAUGGAGGACACGACGUUCGUUCAAGUGUUCUUCAACCUGUACUUCAGUAUAGAGGACGAGGAAGGCACGGCUUUGCCCGUCUCCGUGUCAGAUGAACGGUGUACUGUACUGCAGGAUCUCGUCCCUGACGACGUGCACGACGAUGUCGACGACGCUUUUAGCAUGUUCAUUGCGCGUCUGCAGCCCCUCCUUGGUGAUUUAUUGGAUGUCUCUGAGGGAGAGGCUCGUCGCCGUCCCAAUGGCGAGGGCGGUCCUAUGCUCGAUCUGACGCUUGGGAGCUGGCUACCCGAGGGCGAGCCAGACAAUCCGGACUCGCGCGCAUAUAUCUUGCUCCGACACGUAGUUUGCGACCCAGACUAGGGUUCGCAAUCCGUGGCGAGGAUUUUUUAAUUGCUUCCGACUGCUCGUUAUGUUUAUAUUGUAUCAUAUUGUAUGUAGCGUUACACUGCUCAUCGAUGCAUUACAUUGUUU